CAGUCUCGGUGCAGCUACCCAAGUGCUGGGUUGCGCACGAGAGGUGCGCGACGUCAUUGCGAUCCAGGAGCAGACAGAGAGAGUGGGGUAGUGGAUGACAAUGAUGGCCGCCACCAGCGAUGAACGGAGUGUUAUGGAGCCAACGAGGACGACUUCGGGUCCGGGGCAGCCCAUAGACCGACUGAAGCUGCUCUAUCCGAUGGUGAACGAGGAAGAGACACCGUUACCGCGUUCCUGGAGCCCGAAGGACAAGUUCAACUACAUAGGCCUGUCGCAAAACAAUCUCCGCGUUCAUUACAAAGGUUACGGUAAAACUCACAAAGACGCUGCCAGUGUUCGCACAACACACUCCAUACCAGCAGCCUGCGGCCUGUACUACUUCGAGGUGAAGAUCGUGAGCAAAGGACGCGAUGGCUAUAUGGGGAUUGGUCUCUCGGCGCAUGGUGUCAAUGUGAACAGGUUGCCAGGGUGGGACAAACACUCGUAUGGUUAUCACGGCGAUGAUGGUCACAGCUUCUGCUCGUCUGGCACGGGCCAACCUUACGGGCCGACGUUUACUACCGGCGAUGUGAUCGGUUGUGGUGUCAAUUUGGUCGACAACACUGCAUUCUACACGAAGAAUGGUCACCACUUGGGUAUCGCCUUCACGGACCUUCCUCCCAAUCUGUAUCCGACGGUCGGUCUGCAGACUCCUGGUGAAGUUGUAGAUGCUAAUUUUGGGCAAGCACCAUUCGUCUUUGACAUUGGAGACAUGAUCAACGAACUGCGUGUCCGAACGAGAUUACAAAUCAUAAACUAUCCUACACCGGAACACGGUCAGGGCCAGUGGCAAGAAGUUCUUCACAAAAUGGUGUCCACUUAUCUUGUCCAUCAUGGGUAUUGCGCCACCGCUGAAGCGUUCGCUAACAGCACAGGGCAAGUGUUUGAGGAGGAUUACAACUCCAUCAAAAAUCGACAGAGGAUCUUAAAGCUGGUACUUGCCGGACGAAUGGGUGAAGCGAUAGAAUUAACUAGUCGAUUAUAUCCCGGACUUCUCGAUAGGGAUCCGAAUCUAUUAUUCGCGCUGAAAUGCCGUCAGUUCGUUGAAAUGGUGAACGGCAGUGACUCGGAAGUCUGUCAGAGCGGCAACGGUGUUAAUCAAACGAGCGUAAUACAGUCGACCAAAGCGUACGCGAAAUCCUCGAUGAAUAGUAAUGUGGAAGAGAUGAAUAUCAGUAACACGAUGAACGGCAAUAGUGGCCAGCAGUUCGUCAACGGUCAAAUAGAGGAUGACGUUGACAUGGAAGAGAGCGCUGUCAGUGUCGUCAAUGGUGUCAAGAGCAGCAACGGUUAUCAGAACAGCAACGCGAAUUCGAACGGGUACAAGUGUCAAAACGGAGAGGAUGUAGAUAUGGAAGAAAUCGAUAGUGCCAAUCAAAGCAACCAGCAGCAACAGCAGCAGCAAAAUGGCGACUGCAGCAUCAGCACCGAUAAUACGACAAAUAAAAGUAACAAAAAGCAAUUGUGCGGCGGGAACAAGCAGGCGAUCGAGAAGAUGUUGGAGUUUGGUAGACAAUUGUACUCGCAAUCAAUACACCUGAGGCAGCAGCACGGGAAGAACGAGAGCAAUAAGAAGAUGCUGCAGGACGCGUUCAGUCUCUUAGCAUACGCCAAUCCAUGGAAUUCGCCGGUCGGCUGGCAGCUUGAUCCGCAGCAAAGAGAGACAGUCUGUGCAAGGCUGAAUUCAGCUAUAUUGGAAUCCAGCAAUCUUCCGCGUCGACCUCCGUUGGAAGUUGCUGCAUCUCAUGCAAGGGAGCUUGUUCGAUUGAUGUCUAGCGCCGGACUGGGAGCAUGCGGCUUCGCAGUAGUAGAUAAUAUUAUCCAAUAUUGACGGUGCCUACCUCUGCUACCACGUCCGCCUCUUUUGCCAGCGCGAGUUUGGAUGCGGAGGCGGAACGUGGAGCAGAUUAUUCUGUUAACGCAGCAACAUCGCGAUGUCGCGUGCCUCUUCAGCUAGAGCAGCCGGACUUCAUCGGUGCCUUGGCUCGAUCUCACACCACAGACACGACACAAGGUGAACGCUCAGACCUGCCAACCAAAAUGACACCUCAUGAAUUUUUAGCUUAAAUCGGAAGGACGGUCACUUUGGAUUACGCCGACCAAGAGCGAGAAAAAAACGGCAGUUGAUGCUGAUCCUCCGUUCCCGGCGGCCGGUCGUUGCGCGAUCACGGCCGGCCACAACCGCGUUUUUUGACAUGUUGUGACUUUGUAUCAUUUUCUGAAAAGCCCCUUUACUUUUUCCCACUUUUUACUUUCUUUUCUUUUAUAUAGACGUCAGCUUGCCUUUGUUUUGCGAUCCUCUCGAGGGAUGUAAAUUCGCGGUUAACGGCGCGUUACCCGGAAAUGCGCGCUGUAUGGUUUAUUUGGUAGCAUAUGUACCCACCAUUCAUGCCGUCGUUAAAAUUGGUAAGCUGCGACUGUGCAAUACACGACACGAGAAAUGAGAGUACCGUUGUCGGUGAUAAAUCGUAUGAAUGUAUGUAGUCAAAGUCAAUUUGCGUCAGCGGUGUUUCGCUGUGCCGAUGAAGGAGAAGAAGAGAGAGAGAGAAAGAGAGAGAGAGAGAGAGAGAGAGAGAGAGAGAGAGAGAGAGAGAGAGAGAGAGAGCGUCAUUCUUAUGGUCAUAUCGGUGGCACUCUCGUGUGCUCUACGUGUAACGCACUAGGGUAACGCGUAAAAUCAAAUUUAGUUGCAUUUAAAAUGCGAGAGUUAUGUCAGGGUGUUGUCACAUAUGAGAAGAACGAAGAAUCGAUCGAACACGCACCGCUUUCAGGUGUAGCCAAAUUCGUUGAUGGUCCACCGUUAUGGAGGGGAUAACAAAUGACGUGUAUAUAUACAUAAUAAUAAUAAUAACGAUAAUAAUAAUGUGUUUCGUUCGCUUCGGAGAAAUUGAUCGCACGAGCCGAGACUGAUCUCUUCCGUGUAAAAUUCACGCAACUUUACUCGAAAGAAUCGGUAUCAAAAUUUUCACGCGCAGUGCAAACGAUA